AUGUCCCCAAGUUCUGUUUUCAAUCCUGAUCGAGAACUCCUUGUUAUCGGAGUUGUCUAUACAGUUCUUACAAUUAUUGUUUUCCCUAUCUAUAUUUUGAUAAUUCAUGCCCUUCAUUCAAGAAAGGAUCUUCGUGAAAAUAUAUCGUACAAGUUGAUUAACCUGAUGAAUUACUGUGAUGUGUCUCAGGCAUUUUGCCAUUUUCUUACUGGACUCUUCCUAAUUUUUCCGAUUUUUACGACAAAGGUCGAUUUCUUUGUUAGAAUAGUGGGAUGUACUGCAAACACUCUAUGGCUUGCUACUUUUGUCAUUAUGGCAGUUCUCGCCAGCACAAGAAUUGGAAUAGCCUUCUUCAAACUCAAAGCAACGAAAUGGACAAUUUGGAUGAUUAUCGCUUUAGCCAUUGGAUCAAUUUAUAUCUUCCUGGUGUGGGCUAUCGGUUGCAUUACUCAGAAUUUCCAAUUGACUGGCCCGAAUUGGUCCUACGACAUGGAAGUGAAAUUUGCAAGUGUCUUCGCAGAACUAGAACUUGUUCUAUGUUUUCCUACUCUCGUUCUGAGUUUCUGUUCUUAUAUUUUAAUUAUUUAUAGCACCUACAAGGCGAGUCUUUAA